CCAGCAAAUUAAGAUCAAGGCUGUGGGCACCGCACCGAAACUCCCACCCACCAGGCUCUGGCCUUGGUGUAACACGUGCGCGAGCUUUAAUGCCCUGCGCAGCGGAAACGCGUGGGCAGCACGUGGCCGCAUCCGGCGCGCCCUGGGACUAGCGGCUAUGGACGUGGGCGCGGACGAAUUUGAGCAGAGCCUUCCAUUCCUGCAGGAACUUGUCGCGGGUGCGGACUUCGUGGGUAAGAUGCCUGGGGUUGCAGGGCCUGUCAGGGACAGCUUGGGAACUGGUGUGUGGUGUGUGUGUACCGUAUGGGUCUCCAGGCCAGAGGAGCUCAGCGAGCGUCCCUAGGAAGGAAAGGAGGCUUCCUUUCCCACUCCAGCAGGGGGGCUGAAGCAAUCAACCCCACAGCUCUUGCUUCUGUCGUCUGGACAGCCCUGUCUGGGACCACACACCCGGCCUGCUUUCAUUAUUGUAUUCAUAUGCCUACCACCUGGAGCAUUUACCGGUGUGAAAGGUGGUGGUUCGCUCUGUGCUUGAGGACUUUUGUCUGUUUUGUGCACCCGUAGGUCUGGACAUAGAGUUCACAGGUCUGCGUUCAAACCUGUCCCGGCCCCAACAGAUCAGUCUCUUUGACUUGCCAUCUGAGUGGUAUCUGAAGACCCGCCAAAGUGUUCAGCAGUUUACAAUCUGUCAGAUUGGAUUGUCCAUGUUUUCCAGCGUUGAAGGAGAAUCAAACAAGCAUCUAGUGUACAGUUUCUGAAUCAGUAUGGCUUCGACUAUAACAAGUUCCUCAAAAACGGAAUCCCAUACAUGAAUGAAGAACAGGAGAAGAAAAUCAAGCACAGUAUCCUGAGAGGGAACUGGAGAGUCCGAAGCUCUCUGGAUAAAGACCAAAUCAAGGUGGUGAUUGAUAAGGUGACCCAGUGGCUGGACCUGGCUGAGGAAGGUGACCAGAUGACUCUGCCUGGCAUCUCUGGGUUCCAAGCCUUCGAGGUCCAACUGGUGCUGAGGCAGGCCCUCCCCAACAUCUGGACAGUGCUGAAAGAGGAGGGGGUAAUUGUGAAGAAAGUGAGCCAGCCACAUCGCUGGUACCUUGAGCAUGCCUCUUGUGACCAAGUCACCUGUUGGAAGGAGCAGAUUCUUCUCUCUGCAAGAGGCUUCUCUGUCUUUUUUCAGAUGUUGGUGAAAGCCCAGAAGCAGCCCUUGGUAGGACAUAACAUGAUGACGGACCUACUGCAUCUCCAUGAGAAGUUCUUCCGACCUCUCCCAGAAAGCUACGAUCAGUUUAAGCAGAACAUCCAUAGCCUGUUCCCUGUCCUCAUCGACACUAAGAACGUGACUAAAGACAUCUGGAAGGAACUGCGUUUCCCACGAGUCUCCAACCUCUCGGAAGUGUAUGAAGUGCUGAGCAGUAACUUGAAUCCCACUAAGAAUUCCGGACCGGUGAUCAUUCAUGCAAGACAAUGUAAAAAAUACGCUGAGACCAAGUGCCCUCAUGAAGCAGCCUAUGACGCUUUCCUCUGCGGGUCAGUUCUCUUGAAAGUGGCUCACUUGCUUCUACAGAGGGUGCAUGGCGGUGCUGUGCACGAGCCUGCCUUCCCCCAAUACCUCGAUGUGCUGGCGCCCUACGUGAACCAAGUGAAUCUUAUCAGAGCUGGGGUUCCGAAAAUUAAUUUUUCUGGCCCAGACUACCCCAGUAUCCGCCCUCCUGUACUCAUCCUCACUGUCAAGAGGUGGCCCGGGGUGAGUGAGCACCAGGUCUACCGUGAGUUCCAGAAUCUCUGCAAGUUUGAUGUCAGGCGGUUCACUCGAAGCCAGUUCCUGCUCCUGACCAAUAAGUUUAAGGAUGCCCGCAGUGUCUUGAAGGAAUACAGGAGCCACCCAACCCUGCAGGUCUCCCUGUACCGGUACUGGAGACAUUCGCCCAACAUCACCUGCCUGCUACAGGUCUGCAGCAUAGUCACCACCUGGUCCAUGAUUGCCUUUCUCCUGGGAAGACCUAGCCCCUGACAGCAGUGAGCACCUCAGCUUCGGUCUUAGCCUCUGAGGAUGGCCCCCCGUGGCUCGUUUGCAUAAAUGAGUUUGUUUUCAUGCAGACCUAUGUGGUCCUCUGUAGAUACUCUGUUGUGUUGUGAAUGUGAGAUUCUGUAAAUAUGGAUGAUGAUAAAGAAACCCUUGCAUGUCGGA